AUGGCAGGUGAACCAACGACUGAGUCAGGUCAGAAUCUAAAUCAAAACCACUUCAAUGUUCAACGAGGCUCUGCAAGUAGCAACGGGCAAGGUAUUGACUAUAAUCAUUCCCUAUUUCUUAGUGCUACGGAUGUGAGUGGAAUUAGUAUUAUAUCGUUCCAACUGAGUGGUGUGGAAAAUUAUACUCUAUGGAAUCGGUCAAUCAAACUAGCUUUGUUAGGAAGAAACAAGCUAGGUUUAGUGGAUGAAAUAUGCAGGAAAGAAAUGUAUACUGAAGAACUAUGGGGUCAAUGGGAACGAGUGAAUGUUGUUGUCCUGUCAUGGCUAAUGAAUGCAGUUUCGAAAAGCCUACUUAGUGGAAUAACAUUUGCUUCGAAUGCUCUGGAUGUGUGGACCGAUCUGGAAGAGGGGUUUGAUAGAGUAGAUGGAUCACGAACCUACAGUUUGCACAAAGAAAUUGCUACUCUACAGCAGGGGACUGCUUCUGUGGAUGUAUACUACACAAAGAUAAAGGCCUUGUGGGAUGAGUUUGAAGUUUUGGUGCCAUCACCUUGCUGUAAAUGUGAGAAAUCCAAAGGAUUUGUAGCUCAUAUAAAUAGAAAAAAGCUCUAUCAGUUCUUAAUGGGACUAAAUGAUUCAUAUCACCAAGCUAGGAGUCAUAUUCUUAUGAUAGAUCCACUACCAACUAUCAAUCAGGCGUAUGUUAUGAUAGCAGGAGAUGAGAGUCAAAAAUCUGUGGUUACAGGCAUAAGUAACUUGGGUCUAAAUUCUUCCAUCCUGGAGUCAGCUGCUAUGUACUUUAAAAGUGACUCAAGUGCUAGUCAGAGAUUCAAGAAAAAUACUCACCUAAUUUGUGAUUUCUAUAAAUUUAGAGGUCAUACCAAGGAAUUUUGUUAUAAAGUGGUUGGUUAUCCACCAGACUUUAAGUCUAAGAGAAAGAUACAAAGUGCAAACAUAGCCUACUCUGGUGCUUCUAUCCUGUCUAAUCAAUCUCAGCAACCAGUGCAGACUCAUUUUUCUUAUGGUUUGAACACCAAUGUAAAUGAUCAAUCAGUAUGGGGAAGAAACAUCACUUCACAACACAACACAAAGUCAGUUCAAAGUGAAGUUUCUACAUCCAAUAAUACUAUCAGUCAAGCUGAAAAGGAUGUCAAAUAA